AUGAUAUUCUUUCAAUUGCUUUGUCUCGCCGGCCUUGCUCUCUCUCACCCUACCGUCAUCGAGAAAACCUUCAUUGUCCCCUACGGCUCAUCCGGAGGCUUUGUUCGACCCGCUGCAGCCAGCCCUUCUCCAUCCGCGACACCAACACCAGCACCCACCAAUGCCCGCAUCGGCAGUGCCGUUAUAAUCAAUCAUUGCGCCAGCCCCGUUUAUAUCUGGUCUGUCGGCACAGCUACCCGUAGUCCAGCGACGGUCCUUCCCGGCAACCGCUAUGGCGAAACCUUCCGCCAUGACCACAAAUCUGGGGGAAUCGCACUUAAGAUCAGUACCGAGCAGAAUGGUCUUUAUAACAGCGCACCAUUGACAGUGUUUGCAUACAACAUUAACGGACAAAAUGUGUGGUAUGAUCUGUCGGAUGUCUUUGGAGAUCCCUUCAAGGGUCACCCGGUCGCUCUGUCACCGGCUGAACCGGCCAUUCAGUGGCCCAAUGGAAUCCAGCCAUCUGGUAGUCAAGUUCGGGUGCGAGAGUUGUCGGAGGACCUGGUUCUCACCUUGUGCUGA